AUGAAGUUCCUGGAACGAAACAAGCCUCCAAAGGAGGACGAACAUCAUGUUGUCCAUGAUGUGAGGGCUACUGCGGAGGAAGAGGCUGCCAUUGACUACCCUCACGGCAUGAAGCUUGCUCUUAUCAUGACCUCUGCGUAUCUGAGCAUGUUUUUGGUUGCCCUGGACCGAUUAAUCGUCUCGACCGCCAUCCCAAAAAUCACAGACGAAUUUCGGGCCGUCGCCGAUGUCGGCUGGUAUGCAUCCGCAUACUUUAUGACAACAUGCGCAUUUCAGCUCAUGUUCGGCCGACUAUACACAUUCUUCAGCGUCAAGCUCAUCUUUCUAAUCAGCAUCUUGAUCUUUGAAGUUGGCUCAGCUGUCUGUGGUGCCGCGCCAUCUUCCACUGCGCUCAUCGUCGGCCGCGCAAUUGCUGGUGUUGGAAGUGCCGGGAUCUAUGCUGGUGCAGUUAUCGUCACGGUGUACUGCAUCCCACUUGAGAAGAGAACUCCCUACCAAGCUGUUGUCGCUGCGAUCUUUGGUGUCACCAGCGUAUUAGGUCCCCUACUUGGAGGUGCAUUCACAGAUUCUUCCGCGACGUGGAGAUGGUGCUGUAAGUUCGGCUGCCUUUGA